AGCCGCUCGCGCAAAGGCCAGGAGCAAGCGUUGGCCACAUGUGUUUUGCAGACCGCUUUUCCGUGGAAAAAGAUCGCCGAAAAUGCCGUGUUUACGUAAUCCGUGGUAACGUGACGUUGAAACAGUGCUCCUCGAACUCGCUGCCGUUGUGAACUAAAUUUUCAGCCCGUGCACAAGCAAGUCGGGAAAAAUCUAAAGAGGGAACGUGAAGAAGAAAAAUUACUUGUACCAAAAACGAGGUGUUACUCUGCUUAUCUGUUGGACCCCCCUUUUCUCAAUUCGCCACAGCACCCGUUUACAACCGUUCACGACGCUUUUCGUCUACGAUCAGAGCCAAGGUAGAUCCAAUUAUUAAUUUAAUUAUUCGUCAUCGGCGAGAAGAAAAUUGAUGCCGGCUGAUUUUCGAUCGUCUUGUGAAAUCGCCGAGUCAGCGUGUUCUUAACCGCACGUAGCCUAUUGCCUCGUGUCGCAACGGAAAUUGUUCGGUUCGCGAUAACUACGCUGAACCGUGUACUCGUAAACGUUAUUAUCCGUUUGUUUCUCGGUGGGAAUUCGAACGGCGACGGCGAAAUCGUGAGGAAACAUCGUAAUCGAGUGCUCGUUAACGACCGCGUGCGUGCACGCCGCGCCUUCUGGAAAGGGCGAUCCCUCGUGACGAGUUUCGAGUGGGCGUUCUCUCGCUAACAAAGAGAUCGAACAGUGCUCUGUUUUCGCGGUUUACGUGAAAAUCGAAUUGUUCGCCGAGGUUCGUGCCUCGAUCGCACGAACUCGAAGGAGGCAUGCGUCCGGCCUACAGCAUGGAGAAUGUUCCUAGAUUGGUGCUUUAAAGACGUAUCGACACGCGAAACAUCUCGAAUAUAUCGACAGGCUACGAGCGCACUCGGGUAAAUUGAUGCGCCCCAAAGUAAUCGAGGUUCCUUAGGACGCCCGGACCGCCUCAGAGGAAGCAACAUCCAGGAAAAGUAUUUCCGCCGUAGGUAUCCUCGUGUUCGCACCUCGUGUUUUGUCUUUCGGCGCGUAUUAUCCAAGAUGGCGGCCAAAGUGGCCAGCAGCACUCAGGAAGGUACCGAAAGGCAGCACGGCCCCGGGGUCUCUUAUGCAAGUAUCUUGAAUCCGAAGAGUGGCAGCGAGACCCGGGUUGCCAACAAGGGCAACAACAAGGAGAAUAUCGGUGGUCAAGUCGUUCAACAGCAAUCAGUGCCUGUCAAGGAUCGUAUCAAUUCUCAGAGUUUAACUAGUAAGGGGAAAUUUUACCAGAAACCUGGGAGGAGAUUUAACGCGCAGAUCAAAUCGGAGAAAUAUUACGAGAAUGAAUUAGGUCCUACUGAACAAGGUCAAUCGGUUUUGCAAAGAGAAGGUCAGGUUAAACAGGAACAAGAGAACAACGUUGAAAUUGAACAGAUGAAUGGUGACGUUGGAAGUGAUGGGGAGUUUCAGACUGUGGCGCCGAAGAGUGCUAGAAGGAAAGAAAAAUUGAGAGAACAGCAAAAGGAAUUCAGAGAACGACACAGACACAGAGAGCACAGACAUCCUCUUCAUGGCCACACUAGGAGCAACGAGAGGUCCUUUAAAGAAAGAGACUAUGUGAUGGGAAAUAAAGAUAUUUCAAAAGACAAGGAGGAAUCUGAGGCAGAAUCCGAAGUUCAACACCCAGUCCCACCUGUUAAAUAUGUAGAAGCACCUUUACCAGUGGUUAAUCCUUGGACUAAAAGUAAAAUUAUACCACAGACCCUAUCUACAAAUUCUGCCACUGCUGUGCCUCUAGUAGCUGUGACACCUGCUGAUAAACAGACUGAAAAAGAAAAGAGAGUACUUCAACCUCAGCAGCAACAGCACCAACAGCACCAACAGCAACAACAGCAACAGCAGCAGCAGCCAUAUCAGCCACAUCAGCAACAAGAGGUGAUUGAAAACGGUAUCAGCGAUGGAAAUCAGCCGACUAUUGUCACAGCGUCGAAGGAUAGAAGAAAAUUCAAUAAAAAAGCGAGCGACUUCUCGGAUAUCGGCGACUGGCCAACCUUGGAAGCCUCAGGAGAGAAGAAGGCAGCCGUGGCUGCUCAGAAACAGAACGGUGUGGUUGAACCGAGUGGUAAAGAGAAUAGCGGUAAUGGUAUCGAAAACAGAGGAAAGGAGAACAAGGAGCAGAACCAUUGUCAAGACGAGAGCGAAGAACACAUGGAUGGCAGUGAAAAGAAAAAGAAAGUGAACAAGCAGAAGUGGGUACCGCUGGAGAUAGAUAUAACGAAGAAUCGAAGCAAAAGGGAUCGUUCUCCGAAAUAUCAUAAUCAAAGAGAGAAGAAUGGAGAAGCAGAAACAGAUUCGUACAGAAACAGGGAGCACGACAGGCCAGGGUAUAUAACGAGGGGUGGUCGCGGUGGACGAAGCUAUAGGAGCAGGGGUGGAAGAGGUGGUCGAGGUGCUUAUCGUGGCAAUUUCAGGCAUAGGCAAGACCAAGAUUAUAUGCAGAUGCAUAAAUUCGGUAUUCUGGAUCCUAGUUAUAUGAUGGCGUACAUGGGAACAUUUUACUUCAAUAACACAAAUUUCAUUAACGUAGACACAACGACGCUCAAGGAGUUUUUAAGAAAUCAAAUAGAAUAUUACUUCAGUGAAGAAAAUCUUUUGAGAGACUUUUUUAUGCGUCGCAAAAUGGAUGCACAAGGCUUUUUGCCCAUUACUUUAAUCGCUUCCUUCCAUCGUGUACAAACGUUAACGACAGACGUUGGUCUCGUUAUCGAAGCGAUCAUGGAAUCCGAUAAAUUGGAACUAGUGGACAGAUUUAAGGUCAGAACGAAAAUAGAUCCCUUAAAGUGGCCUAUCUUAGACACGGCAGAGAAUCUCGUGUUCUCGGAAACGUCUGACAAUUCAUCGCAAAACGAAGUAAUACUCUCCACAACGUCCGAAUCCGAUUUUUGCCCCGCGGCCAGACCCUUACCAACGAUUCCUAUUCCCCCAGUUCCGCGCGUUCUUCAAUCCAGCCACAUUAUCCCGACAAUAGGAAGGGUCAGUGAAUCGGAAAGCAUAUCUUCGUCAAUAGGCGACAGUUUAAAUCCUGAUGUGCCGGAGUUCAUACCGAACGAACUAACCGACAAAACUAACGAACCUGUUGUGUCCUAUGAUAGUAACAAGCAAACCGGGAAGAAAGAAAAAAAGCAGUCUGAGGAAGUGAUAAGCAUUCCAACAUUAUCGAGAGACUACUCGGGAAAUGAAUCUGUGAAACUUGACGGUAAUACGUUCACGGCGAUCGCACCUCUUGGUCCACGUCCAAUAUCGGGAGUGCAAGUCAAUGGACAAACGCAGUUGGCCAACGAUGUUUGGAAAGAGGUAAGACGAAGGGUGAAAUCGUCGCACAAAGAAAAGACCGAGGAGAAGGAAAAAGUUGAGAACACUAAUUGUAAGAGUGAAGAAAGGGAGGAGUUGGAUUUUCAGUUCGACGAAGAGCUCGAUACACCACCUCCGACUGGUCGACACAAUGCUUUCUCCGAAUGGUCCGAGGAUGACGAAGAUUAUGAAUUGUCGGACGGAGAUGUUAACAAAUUGUUGAUUUUCACUCAAACGACGACGCCCAUAUCGACGCGUAUUCCGAAGCAUGAAGGCUACGAUCGAACCGGUGAUUGGACAACCAGAGUAAAAAUGACCCAGGAUCUCGAGCAAGCCAUCAAUGAUGGAUUGUACUAUUAUGAAGAAGACUUAUGGACGAAGGAUGGUCAAAGGUAUGGAUCUUUGUCGUCGGUCGGAAGUUACAAGACCGUUAACGUAAUCAGUCAAGAAGAUUUUGAAAAAAUGGCUCCUAAAGCGCCUAAGAAAGCCAAUCCAGAAGUUCCUCCCCCACCGCCAUCUGCAAUAGAGGAUGUAGAAAUACCACAUUCAAUUCCGACACAGGUACCAACUUCUGGAGAUAGUCAAGACAGGAAAGAUCGUCGAGUCGAUAGAAACCGAUGGAACGAUAAACCGAGAAGCAGUAGAAGCGGUAGGAGAGGAGUUCCACGAUUCUUCGCGGUAGUAAAAGAUGAACCGUCGGUCGAUCCCAGGACUCCGCGGAAAAGGAAAACGCGACAUAGCAACAAUCCUCCUGUCGAACAUCAUGUUGGUUGGAUUAUGGACGUUCGGGAACAUCGACCACGCACAUAUUCUACUGGAAGUAGCGCUGGAACAAGUCCAAACGAAGGGCACCUUGCGAGUAGUUACGGAAGUGCACCACAAUCUUUACCGACCUUCCAACAUCCGAGUCAUGCUCUUUUAAAAGAAAAUGGGUUUACGCAGCAAGUCUACCACAAGUAUCAUUCGCGUUGUUUGAAAGAACGCAAGAGACUUGGAAUCGGCCAAUCUCAGGAGAUGAACACGCUCUUCCGUUUUUGGUCGUUCUUCCUGCGAGAAAACUUCAAUCGUACUAUGUACGAAGAGUUCAGGACUAUUGCCAAAGAGGAUGCUUCCGAGGGUUAUCGAUACGGCCUAGAAUGUCUUUUCAGAUUCUACAGCUACGGUUUGGAGAAGAGAUUCAGACAUCACCUUUACAAAGACUUCCAAGUAGAGACAAUGCAAGACUACGAAAGCGGUCAACUAUAUGGAUUAGAAAAGUUCUGGGCAUUCUUGAAGUAUUACAAGCAUUCGGAUCAAUUGCAAGUGGAUCAAAAGUUGCAGGAGUACUUGUCCAAGUUCAAAAGCAUCGAAGAUUUCAGAGUGGACGAGCCUCAGAUAAACGAGAUGCUAAAAGGAUCCGCCGCAAACUCACGUUUUCAGACUGCCAAGAGAAGAAACAGAAGUGUGUCUGAGAGCGCCGGCGACGGGGAAGCUUCGCCCUCAAACAGAGUUCGCCGACUGUCGGGCGGCUCGAGUACAGUAACACUGCCAACCUCGUCGAAUUCCGAGAACAAUCCAAAUGCGCAAAAGUUGCGCGAUUCAGUGAAUUUGUCCCAGUUUCGCAACAGAGCCGGUUCGUUCGGCUCGGGACGACUGGCUCAUUCCAGGAGACGUAAUGACAGUACUUUCAUCUCCUCGACCAGUCAACGCGACUUGAGUAAGCAACAGCAAACACAAAGCAGACUAAAUUCCGGGUCGUGUGCGAAGAACCAGGAAACAAAGUCUCAGAGCGGCAGCAGGCCGUCUGGAAAAUCCGAGCAGACGAAGAUGGUGACGAUCAAGAUAGAUAACGCGCCGGUCUCUCAUAAGUGAAAUAAUAAGGGUAAGUGCGUGUGGCACUUGCUCGAUUUCGUUUAACAAAAAUGUGUUAGUGCGUCGCUCCUGAAAUGGGAAUAUACUAUAUGUCCUAACGGAAGGGAACGUCCUGUUUCAAAUGAUACACGCGGUGUACCGUAGAGCGUGUAACAGAACGAGCACAAAAAACACUCUGUAUAUAAAAAAACGAUGAAUCAAUCGGCAGAUCUCUGAAAUGAGUGUCGUGUUAGGGAAGAAUACCGAAGGAAGCAUACUUAGGCGAAGAUGGGAGAUCCUUCGUCCCUGAGAGCAGUUCAUCUAGCUGUUUUUAAGGUAGUUCGUACAUGAUUAAUUCCUGCUUGUGUCAGGAAUUUACUAAAACUCGAAUUGAAUUCUACUCCGUUCGUCCGAUUAGGAUGCUCUUGCUAAUGCCUCGUAGCGGGAGAAUACGAUAGAAUGGCCCACGGUGUGAACGAGCAAACAGAGAAUCCAGGCACGAUAACGUUGCACGGUACAGAAUAUUGAUAAAUUACUUGCUAGUUUUUUAUUCAAAGAGAGAAUUAUUUUACAGAUUUCCGAAGUGUAAGACUAUAUUACAUUGUUCUUUACAGGCGAAAAUAUAUUUUUCCUUACUUUGUUCGUUCGUCUGUAAAAAAAAUGAUAUACCAAAUUGUACGAUACGAACUAGUAGGAAACUCCAGUUGAUUAGACAAUCUUUAAUAUAUUCACGAGUUUUAUAAAUAUAUAUUUCUUCUUUUUUUUUUCUAUUCUCGGAUUCAGUGAAAUGUUUGACGCGCGUUAAAUCACAAAAUCAUCCUAUUCUAUAAUUAUGAAUCAGUACACUUCUUUGUGCUUUAUUAAUACCGAGAAAUUAACUCCAUUUCAAAUAUUUGGUGAAGAUAUUUCAUCAGUGUUCAAAUGAUUAAAAUAUUUCUUUUAUAAUGGUGCACAUUAAUAAUUGAUUCCCUUGUACAAAGUAAUGUUUUCUUUAAUUGGAGUAAUUUUGUCUGUAAAAUGAAGUUCGAGCCAUUAUUGUUAACAAUUUUAGUAAUUAUCACAAACUUCGUCGCAAAUUGUAAAAAUUCUUGUCCUUUUAAAUAUCACGGAACUUGAAGUACCAGAAAUGUUAUUUAAAUAUCUCAAGCGUUUUGUAAUUUGCAAUAUUUGCGCAUUAAUUGUAGACAGAAGUUCAAAGAAAUUAUUUGGACGAAUGUUUCUUUAGAAAAUUAUAAUAAUAAAGUGUUUUAAUUUUUGUGAUCCACAUUGAUAAUUUAAAGCUGAAUAGAUAGAUGCGGUGCAUAAUGUAAUAUUUCAAGAAUAGAAAUCUAUUACGCUUCUUUUUUCGUAAGGUGCAUUUAAAUUCGUUAAUACUUACAAUUAUAAAAAUUGACUACAGGGACUUGGGACACUUGGGACAACAUCGGUCAUGAGUUACACAUUACUCUGCGUUCUUUUAUUUUUCAUCAAUGACGAUUGAAAUAUAGUGCUCGAAGGUUUUAUUGGUUAAAUUCUGGUUGUUGCACUGUAUGAUUUUAAACUGAUAUUUUUACCGACAUUACACGUACAUGUUUAAUAAAUGAUCAGAAUGAUUCCACUCUUUACGAACUUAUUUGGCGAAUAAAUGAAAGCAAAAAGCGAAAACUUUUUAUAAUAAUUAUUUGACAACAAAAAUUACUAAGCAAUUAAAAAGUGGAUACUCUCGCUACAAGUAAAGAACAUGAUUGAUAUUAGUCUUGGAAACGAGAAUUGUGAUUUUUCUAUAUGAAAAAUGUUGAUUAUCUUUAAAGUGAACAUGUAUAAAAAGCUUCACUUGAUCGAACAGAAACUUUCAAGGCAAAUCGGAUGAUGAAAGGAGUUAUACUUUUAAGCAUUGCCUAUACUAGGAGAUAUUUUUAAUAAUGCAACGAAAGAACUGGAUUGAUUGGAGUAGUAACAGAGGUUUACGAUUAUAUUAGAAAUUCUAGUUAAGCUAUUUACGUAGGGAAUGUGUAGUUAGGCUAGUUAAAAUUUUCUGGAUAAGCAAGAUUGGUCUUCUUCGAACUAAAAACGAUUGCACCGUUCACUCACGAGGCAUCAGACCAGUUACGUUAUUUAAGAAAACGAUAGGAAGCACAGACUGAAGAAUUUAAUUCACUAUAAAGCUAUUUUCAAACUCGAAUGGCUGGCUCAUUCUUGUAGCAGAAGCGUUCCCAAUUGCUCACGACUUCAGUUUUAAAACAGAUAGUUCAUAGUACGCAGCGAAGGGAUUGGAAACGAUAUAAAAUUCGCAAGUGCCUGGAGACUCAGAAUCCGUUCUUUUGUUUUUUAUUCAAUGUACUAGUCACGCAACUGUCCGAAUCGAAACGUUGUUCUACACAAAGAGAAUUAGAGGAGAACAAUGAUCGGAGCUGAAGAGAGAUCAUUUUUAUUUUACAUAAGAAUUUCGAACUGCAUCGUACUUUAUUGAAUCGCAUUAUAAUAACCGAACGAAAACUGUAAACGAGUGUGGAAAUUUUUGUAACGAAAGUGACUUCCUGUUAAACACACGUUCUGUUCGUGUCUUGCAAACAAAAUUUCAAUCAUUCAUCUCUUCAUAGGUCCAAUAUUUUUUUGUUUAUUAAACAGAUACUUCUACCAGUUUGAAACUCUUUCCUUCUUUUUUUAAAUUGGAUGAAUUAAGAAGAUUUGUUCUCCUGUUUCAAGAGUUUCAAAUUAUUAUCGAAAUUCAUUUUGUUGAACAGUUUCCCAUAGAUUUUUAUACAUUUCUUUUUUCUAUUUAAUGUUUGUUUUUUUCUCUGUAAAACAGAUUUUAUUUUUGUAAGUUCAAUGCUGACAAAUCCAAUUGUUUAAAUAAAACUCGACAACGUCCAUGUACUUAGAGGUACGAUAAUGAGGUAGUUCGAAUUCCUACGAUUUAUUUUUUUUUCAGUGGCCUUAAAAUGCGAAAUGUGAUUGUGCCUGAAGUUUAACGUGGAAGUUACAUCGAACUUCGUCCGAGUGUCGUUAGCCAGAAACCACUGAAGAAAAUUCAACUUAUAAAGUGCAUUAAUUAAUUUCGGUCACAAAAAUUUGAUGAAAGAUCCAAGAAAAACGAGAGAGGAAAAUAAUUUUUGUAUAAAGAAUUUUCAUGGAAUGUUUCAUUUCAAAUGUUCCUUAUAAUUUAUUCUCUGAAUUUGUUCCUCUGACAGUCUUCCGUCUGAAUUUCACAGAAUCGUACCACGUUCUCUAGAUACAAAAUCUGCAAUUUUUAAUCACAGACCCGUGUCAAUUUGAUAACAUAUUUUAUCCAGCAUUUGUCGUAUAUUUAACUGAAUUAUAGCCAGAUCCUUAAGAAACUUGAUCUAAUUACAAGAAGAAAAUAUCCGCUUUUUGAAUAGUGAUGAUCAUUUCAUAGUUCCUAUGUCCGUUCGAACUAACAGUUAAUACGCGAUAUUUUAUUUCUUUGUAAAACAUACUUGGUUCACAACGUCGAAAAUUACACUUUUUAUGUAUAUUAUAACUGCAUCUUUUUAAGGAUGCUAGAAUGACUUUCCGUUAAUUUAAUCUUCUAGAUGAAUUGAUACAUUAAAAAUUAAUCCAUAUCAGAAUACAUUGUAGCGUUUCAUCACCAUUUUAUCUCAAUUCCUUAAUUGAUUCCUACAAAAUAAUCUUUUUAGCGUAAAAAAACAUCGUCUAGCGAUGAGUAUCAUGAAACGCGAAACUGCGAAUAUCAAUUCAACAACACUAAAGAAGACAGAAUGCAAUGCGUAGAAGAGAGGAAGUGAAACAGAGUCCUGUAAAUCAGAGAUCAACCUCGAACGGACGAAGAUCGAUAAGCACAAAGUAAUAUAGAGUGAAGAAAAAAGAAAAAGAAUGGUGCCAGGGAAAAACAUGAAGAGAAGUGUGAUUGAUCAUCAGUGUACAUAGAAAAACGUGUUCGCGGUAUCUAUUUCGCCAUUGUCGACGGACGGUAGGUUUACACGUAGAUUCAAUCUAAACGAGAUAAGUGCGUGUCGCCACAAUAAAAAAAAUCAUAGGUUUAAUGGAACUUAAGUAAACGAUACGUUUCGUUAAGAUUCGAUUAUCGUUCAAUUUUCAAUUUACAGAACCGUAAUAAUUGAAUCUGAAUUUCAUUCCCUUGUACUGUCACGUGUCAGAUAAUUUCCAAUACCAAAAAUGUCAUGCACAACUUGAUAAGAUGUAGUAUAAUGGGGUCAAGAUUGGUCGAUAAAGAGAAACAAUGUCUCUUUUGUAUCUUGAGAAAAGUGAUUUUUCCUAAGUAAACGACGAUUCGAUAGAGUAAUUGUAAAUACUUUUUACCGGAAGUCCUGUUUUAAAGGAAUGAAAGAAAAUAAACGCAUUAUACAUAAUCGCGCAUCCUUAUACAUAUAUUGUUACUUAUAUGCAUACGUAUAUAUUCUAUAUACAUAUAUGUAUCUCGCUGAUAAAUAUUAAUUACCCUUAAGGCUUACGGUUAAAGGAUACGCUCACACGGGUAGGCGGUUCCCGAUGGAAGAAAACGGGUUUGAGAAACGAAAAAGUAAUGUUUUCUAUGUAAAAUGAACUUCCUUUUUUGAAACGAAGAUUAAUCCACGACCAGCUUCGUUUUGCUUUUCUUUUUGUUUUUUUUUUUGAGCUGUAAAUUUGUUUAGCUCAAAUCGUUGAUUCAAUGUCAAAACUGCGAUUGUGUAAUUUGUUUAUGGAAAAUAGAAAUUAAUGAGAAAGCGAAAACUUGAGUAUCAAUUACGUAUAAAUCAGCAAGUAGUUCAAAGAAAUAGUAUGCGCUAUAAAUUGCAACUGGAACCAAGGUAGAUAACGAUAUAUGAAGAGAAAAUAAUAAAUGUAGUAUCAGUAUGUAGUAUCAGAAAAUAAUAUAUGUAGUUUCAUCGUUUUGAUAUUGUAUCAACAAUACAAUGUACAGAUAUGUUCUAAGGUUUGUUGUGCUCUUUAUUCUCUUCUUAUAAGUUCGUUUUAUUUGUUUAAGUUGUAAUCGAUUGAACGAAAGAAGUUACUAAAGUUAAAAAAAUUUACAUUAGGAUAUGAUAUUAGAUUUAAGGUUGGACGAUCGGAGCGAUGUAAAUAGGUUCUUUUUGGGGUAGCCUUAUAGAGUUGAGAGUUAACUUUUGAAGUGUGAUCACGAUACACGGUACACUUUUCUUCAAAAAUGAUAACGGUUCUACGAAAUUUCAAAUUGUUGAGAGUCACCGAAUCGAAGCAGAAAAUAGAUUUUUGUUCGUGCGUUAUAUAGUGCCUUUGACUGAAAUUUGCCUGGAAAAAUCGCCAUCCCCUUUGAUACUAUAUCUCAAAGACAGUUGAAACCUUCUUGCUCUUCAACUUCCACUGAUUUGUCACUUGACAACUUAAUUUAGUUGCUCUAGAAUGGACCCAAUCCUUGAAAAGGAAAGCUUUAAAAAAUGAAAAAAUUAUAUAAAAAGGAGCAUGUUUAACAAUUUUUACACGAGUUAAUAGUUGAGACGAUGAUAAUUAGAGUCGACUGGAAGAUCUAAAUAUAGAACAUAAAGAUUAGAAAAAAGUAGCAUCCUAGAUUAUAAAAAAAUUUUAUAUCUUCAAAUGGGAAGGAACUGAUCAAAAAAUAUUUGAGGACUACUAUAAUAUUCAGUUAUUUACAAUUACUUCAACAGAUAGCGAGAAUGAUAAUUGGAACGUUAAAAAAUCGGAAGCCAAUUAAGAAAACGUUGAUCCUAUUAAACUAAAAAGUAGAAAUAUGUUUCUAGGAUGUUGUACUUUUAUCGUUGUCCAGAUUUAAAAAAUAGUGAAGUUGAGUGGAAAAUGGAUCGACUGUAGUUUCCGUUUGAGAUGAAAAUGAUUUAUUUUUUCAGAUUUAGCUAUCAGACGCACGUAGACAAGAGAUCAGGAUUGAUUUUGGACUGAUCCGUGAUAUUUCUUAUACGAUUUUUAAUUGUCACAACUAAUUUACAUAAGAAAAGCAGAUAAUAUUAAAUUAAUUUAAAAUUGAAUUAAUUUUUUUUUUAUAAUAAUUAAACAAUCAAAGACAAAUCUUUACAUCAACAAGCAUUUUAACAAGCGCAUUAAAUUCUAUUUGAUAGACCAAUAAAAUGAACAUCGCAUUUUUUCUUCAAUUAAAUAACUCUUUUAAUACAUUUAUUUUAACAAAAUUCACAUUCAUAUUACUUGUUUAUGCGUAUAAAUAUCUGACAUAUCAUAAAAUGAUUCAUUUCAAAGAACAAACGCUUAUUAGAAUUUAGACGUAUUCUAAAAUUAUCACGGACUUGCCUGAGUUUAUCCAACCGUUUUUUACGAUCUGAGCCGUACAAUUACGAUCUUUUUCCCAUAACAAAUAGACUGAUCAUUCGAAAUUUUGUCGAAAUUAAAAUUAUCGACCGAUGUAAAUACAAUAUACAUACAUAACACAUAGCGUAACGAAUACUAUGUUAAACAAAUACCGAGAGGAAGGGACGCGUGUAUGUGAUGAAUGCAGAAAACGAAAAAAAAAAAUUAUAUAUAUACAUAUAUAUAUAUAUAAAAUUUGCAUAAUAAUGUAGCCGUAACGCAUUGCCUAGAGACGUGUAAGAGUGUAACAAAGUGAUGGAACGAACGUGAACGAUCUCCGAAUUCUGUACGCGUAGGAAGUUUGUAAAUGCGUAAAUUGAUGAUAACGAUAAUUAUAAUCAUAAUAAAAAAAGGACAAAAAAAUCGAGCUGCAAAACAAA